AUGGAGAAGUCUACAAAAAAGGAUAAACGCCCUGACAAACAACUUCUUGAAUUGGUGUUCUCUUGGUCAAUCAAAGAUGUUCGGUCUUUUUAUUUUUUUGUUAAGAAAAUACCAGACAUUUUCGUAUCUAGUACACACUACUUAAGCUCAUUCAAGAUGUCACUUAUAGAAGAGACUCGCGCUGAAUACUGUUCCGGUGUGGAAUCAGUUGCUCAAGCCCCUGUGUGUGAGAUAUCACACAUUUGGUUGUCCAAGCACUACAAGCCCUCUAAAAAAAGAUUCAUCUAUGACAUUCUUAACAAAGCGAUAACAGAUGCUGAAAAACAUAAUAAUCGACAUUACUACGAGCCACAAUCUGGUGAUAUAUUUGCUAUAACAAACCGGAGGCCUAGAGGUAUUCAAGAUUUAAUCAGAUUUGAUAAAUCAGUUCAUAUUGCAUUUGUUUCCAAGACUGAAGAAAUUACACCUGUAAUCGAGAUACUGUCAUCAGAAUGUAUUGAUCGUCAGAGAUUGAAUAAAAAGAAUGAGAGGCUUUUUGUUACUUACUUGAUGAAUAUGACAACCAAUCUCAGAAUAUGGGCUGCACUACAUACUGAUCCUAAAAGCGCGAAUUUAGGCCUGAUUCAGAAGGUGCUGCAAUACAACCCUUCUGUCGAUGAUGAUUGUUCCUUAUGUAUAUCAAAUGAAAGAUUGUCUGAUCUAACCGGCUCACUCGGAUUAGAUGAGUCUCAGAAAGAAGCUGUUCUGAGCAGUAUUUCCUUGAGAAAAUGUCUGCAUCAAAUGUACAAUGUGAAGCUGAUUUGGGGUCCACCCGGAACAGGAAAAACGAAAACAGUUGCUUCUCUUCUGUCUGUACAACUUAAGCUAAAGUGCAGGACACUUACUUGUGCUCCUACAAAUAUAGCAGUAGUUCAGGUUGCUGAGAGGCUUAUGAGGCUAUUCGUUAAGUCCCUUGUCUACGACACUUAUGGAAUGGGAGAAAUAGUCUUGUUCGGAAAUGAGGAAAGAAUGAAGAUCAAUGAUCACAAGGAUAUCCAGGACAUAUUUCUUAAAGAUCGCAUGGAAAUCAUUGAUGAAUGUCUUAAACCUACUGAAGGUUGGACUUACAGUCUGGUAUCGAUGAUAUCUUUGCUCGAAGACCCUCAAGAUUUGUAUAAUUCUUACUUGGUACCGGAUAAUAAAAAGAAUGAUAGUGAUAAGGAAGAUGAGGAUUCUGAGAGUAAUGGAAGUGGUGAUGAAAAUGUAUGUGGUGCUAAGGUGGAAGCCGCGAGUGUAGACAAAGAGGAAGGGGCAAGGAGUCGUACCAAGAAAUGGAAGGAAAUUAUUGAUCAGUCCUAGAGAGCGAGCAAGAAGGAAAACAGGAAGAGCCGAAAAGGUAAUUUCCAAGAUAAGCAUUCGAAAGAGGAUGGUGAAGCUAGUGAUGAUGUAACAAAGACUGAACAAGUUUUGACAUUUGAGGAGUUUGUGAGAAAGAAGUUUUGCUCUUUAGCUAAUCAAUUAGUAUUUUGCGCGGAGAAUCUCUGUACUCACUUACCAACAUCAUGCUUACCGUUAGAUGUGGCGAAACAGAUGAUUAAGCUUGUUGAUCUACUUAGGACAACGCUCGAAUAUGCUAGAAAAAAUGGUUGUCAGUACUCUGAACUGAUUCUGACAAAAAAGGAAGAAAUCUUACCUGUACUGAACUUGCUUCAAGAACGAUUUCCUAAGCCUAAUAUCACUGGAGGAAUAAAGGAAUUUUGCUUAGAAAAUGCGCGUUUGAUCUUCUGUACUGCUUCAAGCUCGAUUAAAGUGAAAACUCGAGUUGAGAUGGUGGUCAUAGAUGAAGCUGCACAGCUUAAAGAAUGUGAGUCAGCCAUUCCCUUACAAAUUCCUGGCCUUAGAGUCGCGAUUCUCUUUGGCGAUGAUCGACAACUCCCUGCCAUGGUUCAGAGCAAGGUGUUGGAAAAGAUGAACUAUGGAAGGAGCCUGUUCCAACGGAUCGCAACACUAGGGAAGAAGAAGCACCUCCUCAACAUACAGUACAGGAUGCAUCCUACAAUAAGCUCAUUUCCGAAUAAAGAGUUUUAUGAGAACAAGAUUGUAGAUGCACCAAAUGUCAAAGAAAUAAGCUAUGCAAAGAAUUUUCUUAAGGAAGCUAUGUAUGGAUCAUAUUCUUUCAUUAAUGUGUCUAAUGGAAAGGAGAAUUUCUUCAAAGGACAUAGCCCAAGGAAUUUGGAGGAGGCUGCAUUUAUUGAUCAUAUUAUUGCAAAGCUCUUUAAAGACUAUUAUCGCGUCACAAACAAGAAGGUGACUGUUGGAGUAAUAUCACCUUACAAGGGUCAAGUAGGUUUACUUCAAGAAAAACUCGGGAAGAAAUACAUAAAACAUAAGGAAAAUUUUUGUAUCAAUAUUCGUUCUGUUGAUGGAUUUCAAGGUGGUGAAGAGGAUAUCAUAAUAAUUUCAACUGUUCGAUGCAAUGGAAAUGGAUCAGUUGGGUUUCUUUCGAAUUGUCAGAGAACAAAUGUAGCUCUCACCAGGGCAAGGUACUGUCUGUGGAUUGUUGGAAGCGGGAGUACUUUAGGCAAUAGUGGAUCGGUGUGGAAGAACCUUGUGUUCGAUGCCAAAACUUUAGGGUGUUUUUAUAAUGCAGAUGAUGAUACAGACUUUAACCAAGCUACAUUAGCCGGUAAACCCAACUUUUUUCGGUAUCUAAAACUUGAGAAAGCAAGAUGGAAGGUUAAGUUUAGUGACGAGUUUAGGAUCUCUAUAUCAAGCAUAAACAGCAUUGAGGUACAAAAGCGAGUUAAGGAAAUGCUGCACAAGAUCUCUGAUGGCUGGCGUCAGUCCAAUUCUGAUGAGAAACUACUGAUGAAUGUCGCCGGCAUUGAUUAUGGCGCGGCUACUGAAUUGUUGGAGCUAUACAAGGUUGAUGAGAAGCUAGCUCUUGCUUGGACUGUUGACAUUCUUAAGGAAAAAUCUAAUUACACACAAGUUAUCAAGGUUUGGGACGUAUUACCAACUUUCAAGAUUCCUAAUCUUGCUCAAAAUCUUAGUGUCCUGUUUGGAAGAUUUACUGUGAACUUCAUGAAUCGUUGCAAGUACAAAAGUUUUGAAGGGUAUAACUUGGUUGUACCGAUGUCAUGGUCACUUCAAUCGUCGUACACGGUUUAUAGUACUCUUAUAGCUGAUACUGCUGAAUGUUGCUUGACAAAUCGAUUAGCUGCUAUGAAUAUAAGAGAAAAUCAAGAAGACUCAAGCUCAGAUAUAUUUUUAUAA